AGCUAUUUGAUUAUUUAUCCUUUUCUGUUGGUCGCCUUUUUCAAAGUGUCAGAUUGCUCUGAAGUGUCUAUUGUUGGAGGAAAAGAUGUGAAAAAACUUGAACCAUGGAUGGUGUCGAUUCAGAAGGACGAGCAUCAUGUGUGUGGAGGAAUUCUCAUUAAAGACCAGUGGGUUUUAACUGCUGCUCACUGCAAACAUGAGCCCAUAAAAUCUGUGACAGUUCUCAUUGGGACUCUGUCUCUGAGUAAAACUAAAGGAUCUCAUCGUGUUGGCAUUCUCAGUUUUGAGCACCCCAAAGCAUACAAUAAUCAAACUAAAAGGGAUGACAUUAUGCUCAUUAAGUUAAACAAAAAAGUGAAAGCAAAGCCCAAAAAACUCCACAAAAAGGAGCAAGACUUUCGACCUGGAACAAAAUGUGUUGUAACAGGUUGGGGAACUAAGAAUUCAAAAGUUUUGCAGGCUUCUGAUAAACUGCAAAUGUUAGAUGUGACUAUUGUGGACAAAGAACUGUGCGAAUGCUUUUACAAGGAUGAGCUUGUCAUUACAAAUGAUAUGCUGUGUACAAGAAACACGGAGAAAAACAGAGGCCCUUGUCAGGGAGAUUCCGGUGGACCACUGGAAUGUAAAAAAAACCUUGUUGGAGUCGUUUCAGGAUCGAGGGGAUGUGGUGUUCCUGGGAAACCAACUGUGUACACUUUUCUUUCUAAAAAGCACAUCUUCUGGAUCAACAACAUGCUAAAAAAACAAUUUAACAGAACAACCUAUUAGGAACAUACUUUAUAUGAUAUCAUCAUCAUAUUAGAUUGUAAUCCAUAAGUGUUUAUUUACAAAGCGUAUGCUGAUUUAAAAAAAAUUAAUUCAAGAAUACAGUUUAACAAAUAUGACUGAGUAUCUAAUAUUAAGUUAUUGUGCUUUGCUUUUGAUUGAUAUGGUCUCUUGAUAUGUAGUGGAUUACUGAAAAAUGUGUUCUUAAUUAUUUGUCUUUUCUAACAUUAAAUGCAUUUAACGCCAAACACAACAAGAAAGUUUCCAUUAUUUUUUUGUGAUGGCUUAAUACUCAAAACACACUCAGACACUUCCCCUGCAUAAUUCAAAGUGUCAUAACAAGCAAAGACAUCAAAGCUGAGGACAGAACGACACAAACCGAACUUUUGAGGCGUGCAUUUGUCUAUCAACGGCACAGUGUCACAAA